GUUGUAAACAAAGUUCCGAGAAAAUGGAUUAACGAAAUUUUGUAGGGCUGUCAUCGAACAACGGCGAGAUGAAUAGAAACAGCAGAUUAGGAGGAAUAAAAUUUCGGGAGUUGGACUACAGUAAAAGUUCGCCGAGCGAGAAGCAAACGAACAAAACUCCACUGCGAAGCAAAGCUGAUGUUUUGAAACUCUUUGCCGAUGCAAGUGACGUUCCAGAAAAAGAAAACAGUUCGGAUAAUAUUUGUACGGUCGAAAAAAAUGAUUCCGACGACGUUACUGUCCAGGACGUUAAUUUUGAGGAUCCUUUUGAAGAUGAAAGUAAAACGGAAAGAGCUAAUGUCGAAGCAAAUAAUGUAGCAACAUCAUCAAUUGUUAAACAAGAGACAAAACCGAAAAUCGACAUUGUGGUAAAGGAAAAACCAAAAAUUCAGUCUAACGUGGUAGGCACGUCUACGGCAAGAAAAGAAAAUACCGACUUGAAAAGGCAACAAACAUUUUCUCAACCAUCUCAAAGUUCACCUGUUGCAGAUGGAAAAAAAGUUUACAAUGUCAUGGUUGGUAAAAUAUCGACACGAAAGCACAAACAAUGGGAGAGUGAUGGGAUACUCGAAGUCAGUGGAAAAAGUGCUGUAUUGAAGGAUAUUGAUGGAAAAUUUAUGGGUAGAACGACUGUUAAACCUGAAGCUAUCGAAGAAGGCUUUAGAUUAUGUAUAGGAGGAAAGGAGAUUGAGAUAGUGGAAUUAGCUUCACAAGAAGAUAUUGAUGCAAGACAAUCAUCUAAUGAAGGAAACCGCAAAACUGAAUCUGUAGAGCCACCAGAAAAGAAAGCUAAAUUAUCUAAAGGAUUUGUUCCUGUGAAAUCUGGAAGUUUACACUUCAAUUAUGAACCUCUUAUAAUGCCCCAUCCACCACUUGAUGUCGAAUGGUGUGAAGGAAACGAUGAUAAAAAGAUACAUGAAGUGUCCGUUGAUGGUUGUUUAGCCUCUGUAUUAAGACCUCAUCAACGUGAGGGAAUAGUUUUUCUGUAUAAAUGUAUAAUGGGAAUGAAUAGUGCUCACCAUAAAGGUGCAAUUUUAGCUGAUGAAAUGGGUUUAGGAAAAACACUGCAAUGUAUUUCACUUAUUUGGACAUUGUUGAAAAAAGGUCCAAGUGGAAAACCUGUACUGAAAAGAGUACUAAUAGUAUCUCCAAGCAGUUUAUGUGGUAAUUGGAAUAAGGAAUUUAAGAGAUGGUUAGGAACAAUGAAAAUAGCUCCAUAUGUUGUGGAAGGCAAACAGAAAGUCAAAGAUUUUACCAAAACUCCAAGAGCUUGUGUUAUGAUCAUUGGCUAUGAAAUGUUUGUUAGAAAUAUAGAUGACAUAAAUAAUUUAAAUUUCGAUUUAUUAAUAUGUGAUGAAGGUCAUAGAUUAAAGAAUAGUGAAGUAAAAACACUAAAGUUUCUUAGUCAAUUGCGUUGCAAAAGACGAAUUCUGGUCACAGGUACUCCAGUACAAAAUGAUUUGACAGAAUUUUAUAACUUAGCAAAUUUUGUUAAUCCUGGUGUUUUUGGCACCCCUGGUGAUUAUAAGAGUUAUUAUGAACACAAAAUUGUUGCAUCUCAAAGGGCAACAGCAGAUGAAGAUGAAGUUGCAUUAGGUCAAGAAAGGGCUAAAGAACUAUAUGAAAAAUCUAAAUCAUUUAUUCUUAGGCGUACAAAUACUUUGAUUAAUAAAUAUUUGCCUCAAAAGCAUGAACUAGUCGUAUUUUGCAAACCAACAGUGGAACAAAAUAAUUUAUACAGCCUGAUAACUGACUAUUGGUUUAACAGAUCUCUUAUAGAUGGAAAUGUUAUACCCUUAACUGUCAUUACUGCUUUGAAAAAAGUGUGCAAUCAUCCUUAUUUGUUUACUAGUGAAAAAAGUAAUAUUUUGGAUGAAGUUCUACCUUCAGUGCCAACCAAUUUAUCUGCCAUAAAUACUUCUUAUUCAUAUUCGAGUAAAGUUAAAGUUGUUCAAGCAAUAUUUCAAGCCAUUAAAAGAACGAAUGAGAAAGUUGUUCUAGUAUCAUACUUCACACAAACCUUAGAUUUUUUAGAAAAAGUUUGCUGCACUGAAGGAUUACAGUUCUGCAGAUUAGAUGGUCAUACACCUGCUGCUUCAAGAACUAAACUUGUUGAUCGAUUUAACUCAAAAGAUAACUCUUUUUGUCGAGUCUUUUUGUUAAGUGCAAAAGCUGGGGGAGUUGGUUUGAAUUUAGUUGGAGCAUCAAGAUUAAUUUUAUUCGAUUCAGAUUGGAAUCCAGCAAAUGAUGCUCAAGCUAUGGCCCGCAUUUGGAGAGAUGGGCAAAAGAGAUCAGUCUUCAUUUAUAGACUGCUGACUACUGGUACUAUAGAAGAAAAAAUAUAUCAACGACAGAUUAGUAAAACUGGAUUGAGUGAAGCUGUUGUGGAUGCUAAUCAUAUUUCAUCGUUAAAGUUAUCAGCAAGUGAAUUGAAGGAUCUGUUUACACUGGACAGUCAAACGUCAUCAGUUACCCAUGAUUUGAUGGAUUGUUCUUGUACAGGGUGUGGAGAUAUACCAUACAAAAAUGAAGAAAAUUCUGCAAGUGAAGAUGCUCGAGAUUGUCAAUUUGAUCUUAAGAAAAAACAACCUAAGCAACAAAUAUCAAUGAAUCAGCUUCUCAGCUGGCAACACUACAAGCAACCUAUAUGUCCUGAUUUAAUGAAGGAAUUGAUGAUACAGCAAGUUCAAAAUCACAUAACAUUUAUUUUCAAAAAUUCUGUAAAAAAGUAACCAAGUUUAUCACAUUUACAUCGAGGAAUUUUCCAUCAAUAACAAUAGUAUUAUUAACAAGGUAAGAAAUGAUUAUUUGUAUAAAAGUCUAUGUAUAAGAACUUAAUUAUAGCACCGAGUAUUUAUAAAUUUAUAUUCGGAAGGCACAUUUAUGGAUGCUGAAUAUCACGUGUCAUUUAUAAUCUCAACUAUCAGGAAUUGUUUCACAUUUUGCUUUUUCUUGACAUAAACUUCACCAUGUUUUCUGCGAAACUUGGGGAAGCAUAGACUUUUCUAAGUUCUAUUAAUUCUUGAUUGUUUACUUCCAUGAGUAAGUUUUUGUUCCACUGGCUGAGUAGCCUUUUGGUUGAGGCCAUACUCUGAAAUUUCAUUGACCAAUUAUUAUCUUCUUUAUUGUUACAAAAAUGACUUUAAAAAAUAUCAUCAAUCACCUCUUUAGAAAGAUUAGCAAUCUUUCCUAUGUGUGUCCACACUUCAUCAAUUGCACCAGCUUUGUAAACUUUACUCACAAAUCCAACCCUGGCAGCUUUAUUUGCAGUCAGUUUUUCUCCAAAAAAUAGCAUCUCUCCAGCCUUCAGAUUUGAAAUAAAUUAUUAAUGUAAAAAGUA